ACAGCCAAUCUGAGGAUACGAUACUCAUUUUACGUAGACUACGGCUUAGGUGCACGGCGGGAAGUCUUUGCGCCGUUACUAGGUAAUGGCAUUUUUACCCAAGAAGGGCCGGCAUGGAGACGUUCGAGGGAUCUUCUUGGCAGACAAUUCUCUCGAAUCAAGAGUCGAAGCAUGGAGCAUCUCCACGAGCAUGUUGAUAAUCCAAUAGCCCGAGUGCCAUUGAACGCGGUGGUCGACCUUCAGCCACUAUUCUUCGACCUGACGCUUGACAUAACAACUUCACUUCUAUUCGGGAAAUCAGUGUACAGUUUAAAGGCAGACAUUAACCAAGAUUGGGACAACAAGCUAUUUACUGAAAGUUUUAACAUUGCCCAAGAAGGCCUGGCUAAGCAAUUUCGCCUAGCUCCAUUCCAUUGGUUAUACAAUCCACCAAAAUUUCGAAGAGCCUGUGCUAAUGUCCACCGAUUUGUGGAGCAUUAUAUUGAUGGCUUGGAGCUGGACCUUCCUGACGCAUUAAAUGAUGAGGCCCGAAGUUUCAUUAAACAGCUUGCCCAGGAGUCUAUAAGCAAAGCAGACCUCCGUGAUCAAUUACUUAAUGUGCUUUGGACUGGAAGAGACACCACGGCUUGCUGCCUCUCAUGGAUGCUACGCCUAAUUAUCCGACAUGAACACGUAAUGUAUCGUUUGCGAGAUGAAGUAUCUUCUAAUAUGGGACAGUCUCAAUACCCCUCGAGAGACCAGAUGGGGCGCAUGCCAUACCUUAACUGUGUUAUCAGAGAGACGUUACGCCUUUACCCAUCCGUUCCUUUGAAUAAUCGCGAAGCUAAACAGACAACCAUCUUACCAACUGGGGGCGGCGAGAACGGGCACAGUCCCAUUCUCGUGAGGAAAGGGGAGCUAGUCGUCUUUUCACAAUAUGUCAGUUCGCGAAAGAGAAGCAUCUAUGGGCCUGAUGCGGACGUCUUCUGCCCAGAAUGGUGGGAAACCGGCGAGCUGGGCCAGAUUGGAUGGGCAUAUUUUCCCUUCAAUGGCGGACCAAGACAGUGCUUGGGGAGAGACUUUGCUCUGAAUCAGAUCAAAUUCACAGCCAUUGUGUUAUUGCAGACAUUUCCCAACAUAGGGCUGCCUGCUGGAGAGGUAGUAGAGCCUGUUGGAAGUGAAAGACAACGCCUCACCCUUGUUCUUUCUGCUGCGGAUGGCUGUCGGGUCGAAAUCCGAUCUUCAUGA